AUGAAUCUUCUUGUUGAGCAUCAGUUAGUGUUGAGCCAUCAUUGUAGCACUAUCCCGAAGGCGCAGGAGUUGAGGCACAUCGAAAUGAAUUUGGUGUUGAUAGCCGCUUUGGUAGCGGUGUGCGGUGCCGCGAAAUUGGAUCGCACUUACCUUCCGCCUCCUUCAGCAAAAACAGCUGGUGGAUCUGCGGGGUCCCUACAAACUCCCUUUGCUAGCAACUCUUUUAAUCAAGGUCUCGGUGGGCUACCAAAGGGGAGUUUCACGAAUGAAUUCCAGGGAGUAGUAGUGGACGCUGCAGCUCCUGGAACACGAACUUCUGAAGGUGAAACAGGCUUAGGUGCACCCAGACCAACGUAUGGCUCGACUAACUCCAAAGUAGGUGAUGCUGCAUUUAGAGGAACUGCUGGAUUCAGACUACCAACCACUCAGGCUAUCGAAGAAGAGCAUUUAGAUUCUGAUGUUCAAGCAGCUAACGCCCAAUUAUCGGGACUAUCUCAAGGUUUUGGAGCCAACGCUCGCUUUGAAGCUAAGCCGGAAAGAGCACAGGCUGCUUACGAUCGUGCUGCCAACGUCAUUCAGUUGGAAAAUGAAGUAGGUUCUGAUGCUUAUCGGUACUCCUUUGAAACUGACAAUGGUAUAUCUGCUUCUGAAAAUGGUGUAGCAACAAAUGGUGUGCAAGCCCAAGGAGGUUACUCCUACACUGGUGAUGAUGGCCAAGUAUACAGUGUGACUUAUACUGCGGACGAGGGUGGAUACCAGCCGAAAGGUGACCAUUUGCCAACCCCACCUCCGAUUCCUGUUGAAAUUUUAAAGUCUUUGGAGCAGAAUGCUAGAGAUGAAGCUGCUGGACUUAACGAUGAUGGCACAUACGACGCGCAAAAAUACAAUGCUGGAGCUGAUUACUCAGAAAGUGACAUCACCAAUGUAGAACAAAACGACAAAUCAGCACCUAGUUUUAGCAGGCAACCCGCAACUGACGCAACUGCCAGUGGUUCAUUCAUUAGUCAGAACAAUCAAGCUUUUGUAAAACCAAGUGCCUUUGAAACAAAUAGUCAAAAAUAUGGAACAUUAAAUAGUCAGGAAUCUUUAAACAAUGCCUUUGGAUCUUCUAAUUCUAAUAACAGAUUUAGUCAUGAUUCGCAAUCUAACCAUUUACAAUCAAAUAGAUUCGGAUCAAGAAACGAAUUCAGCCCAUCUAUCAGUGGCUUGCAACAAAAUGGUAAAACUCCAAGACCGGUUAAUUUACCAGUAAACAACAAUCAACCAUUGAGUGGCGGCAUGGACAGAAAUUUACAGUUUUCAGCACCACAAGAACUUGAGAAAAACAUUAAAAAGCCAAGUGGAGGGUUAAAUCGUAAUACAUUUAUGUUACAAGGUUCAACAUAUGAUGAAAAACCAUCAAAAAGUAAUGGAUUUGAACCAACAAGUAGUUCUAUGUCAUCUUCGGUAGCUGCAAAUUUUGGCCUAAAUUCAGGCAAUAGAUUUUCCUCUAGAAAUGAAUACUUGCCUCCUGUUCAGGGAUCUUUCAGACCCCAAAGACCUUUGUCUUCUGCUGAUUCUACACUAGAACCAAACUUUAAUCAAAUUUCGGAAACUGGUAAUAUCCAAGCAACUAGUGAAGUAUCCCUUGGAACUACUGCUAAUGUUAAAGAACCUCAGUCAUUCAACAGCUUUUCACAAAAGCCACAAAGCUUGAACAAUGAAUUUUCUAAAAAUGUUAAUAGUUACCCAGUAAAAAAGGAAAAAGAAACUGAUGACGAACAAAAUAUUACAUCAUUUGAAACUCAACGUCCAACAUCUGUUCCCAGUAUUGAGUUAACUACGCCUUUGGAAUCUAGUGAAACACAGAAUAAUUUAAAUAAGCCUUCUAAUCAUGAAGUACCUUCUAUAAGUACAAAACACUUUAAUGUUCGUCCAUCAUCGCAGUUUGGAAGUCAGUCUAAUGAUAGACAACUAGCACAUUCUCUUCCUAACACCGAAACUCUAGUUACUAAUACUCAUUUCCCUGCUAGAGAUCAAAAUCAACACCCUUCAUCGACUAGCAACCAACGACCUUCUAAAAAUGGGUCCAACCGCGAAAACAUGCCCAAUGAACAAACUUUUAAUGUUCAUCUCUCGCAGUUUGAAAGUCAUUCUAGCAAUAUACAAUCAGCUCAUCCACUUUCUAAUGCUCAAAGUCAAGUUUCGAAUACUGAUUUCCCUGCUCGAGAUCAAAGUCAGUAUUCUUCCUCUUCUGGUAAUCAAAAACCUUCUCAAUACGGGGCCAAUCUUGGAACAUUACCUGAAAAUAUAUCUAAUGGACAAAAUUUUAACGUCCCUACAUCCCAGUUUGGAAACCAAUUAAGCAAUCAAGAACCAACCCGUACACUUUCUAACACUCAAACUCAAGCUUCGAAUAUUGGUUUCCCAAGUGAAAACCAAAACCGUUACUCGUCUUUGACUGGCAACCCACAGCCUUCACAAAAUGGAUUUGCUCAAAAUCAGCUUAGCGAUGCUCAAUACUCACCGAGCACUGUCAGACCAGUAUACAACCAGCAACCACAACGGGCGGUUAAUUCAUAUUAUUAUAAACAACCAGUGAAACCUUUCAACACGCCAACAACAAGCAGCUCCAGAAUUCCUAGUUCGCCAUCUGGGCAGUCUAAUAGAAUAUUUCAACAAUCACAGCCUCAAUUUUCAGAAAACCCACAAGCCACUCUCCCUAUUACUUCUUUCCAACCACAAAAUAAGCAACCAACUCGUGGAAAUACUCGUUACCCCGAACCACCUACAUUAGCAUCUGCUGCACCUACUGCCUCGAUUAAUAGUCAAUUCCAAGGAAGUACCACAUCUUCUCAAUAUAAUGGGAUAACGCAGGCUGCUGUUAGUCCUUUCCAACCACAAAAUGGACAAGCAUCGUCAAAAUACCCCAGACCUCCAACGUUGGCACCUACAGUAGCUACUACUCCUUUUGGAGGAUUUCCAUCUCAGCAAACAACAGCUUCGGCAUUUGCAUCUGGCACUCCUACUGCUCCCACUUUUGGUGCUAGACCGACAUUUCAAUCGCAGUAUAGCCAACAAAACCAAAUUCAUUCUUCUCCCGAGCAAUCUUUCGGCCAACGCUAUCCACAAACCCUUUCAGAGAAAGACCAGGGAGAUAAUUCUCAAACCUCUCCACCACAGCAAUACUCCGGUGAAAUCUAUGAAUACAACAAGCCAUCUGAAAGGCUACCUGCUCCCGCCAAACCUGGAUCAACUUCUAGCCCGCAUCGUGGUCAACCUCAACCACAAUUUGGCCAAACGCAAGAAAGUAGUCAGGAACUAAACACUCAGCAGCCUACACGGCCUAUAUUUGGAACAAGACCACAGUUUGGUUCACCAUUACAACAGCGUCCUCAGUUUUCUCAGGGAACAUCACAAAAUACCAAUGAUCAACCUGCAGCAGAUAGCAAGUCACAAUUCAAUGUUCAGAGUCGGCCUUACGGAUCAAAUCAACAACAAGAACCUCUAGAUUCUGUAAGGCCUCAAUUUGGUCAAAAUAAUGGAAAACUAAAUAAUUGUUGCCAAUCACAAUCUUUAGAUGCUCAGAUUACAAAACUAGAAUCACAGCGGCCCCAAAGCAAUAACCGAGGCUCUACAAGACCACAAUUCGCUCAGUCGGAAUCACAAUUCUCUGGGCCUGUUUCUCAAAUCUCAAGUCAGUCUGUUGCUGGUAGAGGAGAAGUUUUCGGCGGACCCAGAAAACCUCCAAGCUUUGACCAAGAAACUGGCUACCAUUAUUAA